CUAAUUUUUUUAAUUAGAAAGUCGAAAUGUAAGCACUUUUACAGUUUAUAUUCUCUGGGACCUUCGAAAACAGCCAAAUCAAAGCACUCCCAGCCCCCAAAUGAAUAAAAAUCAAGAAUCAUUCAAUGGUUUUUUGUUUUUCUGAAAGCUUAGAAUAAGAGCAAAGGUAUGGGUAUCCUACACGACGACGUAGUGAUCAUAAAUCAAUCAAAGAAUGAAGCAGAACCCAGUGUCAUCACCAUUAACUGCCCUGACAAAACCGGUUUAGGCUGUGAUUUGUGCCGUAUCUUACUCUUUUUUGGUCUCACCAUUGUUAGGGGAGAUGUAUCUACAGAUGGGAAAUGGUGUUACAUAGUGUUUUGGGUGAUUCCUAAGCCAAUUAUAAAAUGGGAUACUUGUAGAUGGGAAUUGUUGAAGAACAGAUUAAUUGAGACUUGCCCUUCUUGUUCUUCAGCUUUUGGUAUUUCAUAUUACAGUUCUGAAUUACAGUCUUCAAUGGUUACAGAUGUGUUUCUUAUCAAGCUUUUUUGUUAUGAUAGAAAAGGCCUUUCACAUGAUGUCACAGCAGUGUUUUGUAAUCUCGAACUCAAUAUAAAGAAAGUGAAGGUAUCGACGACUCCAGUCGGGACGGUGAUGAACUUGUUCUUUGUCACUGAUACAAGGGAACUAUUACAUACAAAAAUGCGGCAGGAGGAGACGUGUGAAGCGUUGGUAGAUGUUAUGCAGGCUGCUAUAAUUAGCUGCAAUAUAGAAAAAGUUGGACCCGAAGUUACCGCAUGUUCUCAAGCAUCUCCAUUUCUCUCAUCCGCAAUAACCAAUGAUGUUGUAUUACGUACUUCUAACAACGUUUCCGUCACAAUGGACAACUCCUUCAGUCCGGUUCACACGCUCGUUCAGAUCGUUUGUCAAGACCAUAAAGGUCUUCUUUAUGACAUAAUGAGAACUCUGAAGGAUUACAACAUUCAGAUCUCAUACGGACGGUUUUAUCUAAAACAAGGAAGAAAGUGUGAGAUCGACUUGUUUAUAACACAAGCCGAUGGGAAGAAGAUCAUUGAUCCUAGCAUGCAACGUGCAUUGUCUUCACGGCUACAGAUGGAACUGCUUCAACCACUCCGUGUAGCUGUUCUGAGCCGAGGUCCUGAUACAGAGCUUCUAGUUGCAAACCCUGUUGAGUUAUCGAGCAAGGGUCGACCGCUCGUUUUUCAUGACAUUACCCUUGCUUUAAACAUGCUCAACACUUGCAUCUUCUUGGCGGAGAUUGGGAGACACGUGAUCGGAGAUCAAGAGUGGGAGGUAUACCGAGUCCUACUCGAUGAAGGAACUAGCUUAUCUACUCCAAGACGAAAAAUCGAGGAAGGUGUUUGGAAGCUGUUGAUGGGUUGGGAACAAAUAUGAUGACAAUAUCCCGGUUGUAUAUCAUUAAAAUUUUGCAUCGUGACAAGUCGGUAUCGAGGAGAUACAUGACGAUGUUUAUUUGAAAGUUGUAUCAUAAAGGUAAAUAUCAUACGAGUAUCUUGCUACGCAAGUAAUCUUCGGUGGGUCGGUUUGAUUAUUACUCGAAAGCAAACCGACUAAAUGUCUAAAUCAAUUUUCGUUUCCUUGUACAUAAAAAUGCAGAAGAUGUUGAAAAGAACGUCGGAAUCCGAUUUCGGCAUAUUGCCAUGUUGCAUGUGAAGAUUUCAGUUGUCUUUAGAACACAAUAAAAUUAUAAGCAACAAUUUGAUUCUUUUUGAAA